GCCGACGAUAGGCGCACCCAGCCGCAAUCUAAAUAUUAACUUCAUAAACAUAAAAGUGGUGUGUUAGAUUAAAUGUGUCUUUUAUCUAUAACAUAAGUUAGUUCAUAUAGUACAUAUAUAUAUACAUGCCGCUAGCCGUCCAUUAAUGCUUAAGAAGGACAAAUAUGUUGGGCAUACAGUUAUUUAAUGAAAUCGGCAGUAUUUUUCGCAAUACACCGACAUAUGCGCUUGUGCUGGAAGCCUUGCUACUGAUCACGGUGCUUGGCCUGCUGUUGCAUAAACGUGGCGGUCGCGGGCUUUCCAAAGAGCAGCAGGACUAUUUAAUUGAACGAUAUGAGCCGGAGCCAUUGGUCGCUGACACAGAUCCCGAUCAUCCGUUGUUACACACACGCCUUGUCCAAUCGAAAGUGGGCAAACGUAUUGUGGUGGAUGGACACGAUUGCCUAAAUCUUGGCUCGCACAACUAUUUGGGCCUACUCGAGGACAAUGAGAUUCUGGAGGAGGCAUGCAAAUGCUUGCGUAAAUAUGGCGUAGGCUCGUGUGGUCCGCGUGGCUUCUAUGGCACAAUGGACGUACACUUGGACCUGGAGGAUCGUUUGGCAAAGUUCAUGAAUCUGGAGGAGGCCAUCGUCUACUCCUAUGGCUUCUCAACCGUGGCUAGCGCCAUACCUGCUUAUGCUAAGCGCGGCGAUAUUAUCUUUGUCGAUGAGGGCGUCAAUUUUGCUAUACAAAAAGGUUUGGAUGCCUCGCGCAGCACCAUUGUCUACUUCAAGCACAAUGACGUCAAGGACUUGGAACAAUUGCUCGUGCAGCAGGACAAACGGGAUCAGAUGAAUCCAAAAAAGGCGCAAAAGACACGUCGCUUCCUUGUGGCCGAGGGAAUUUACAUUAAUACGGGCGAGCUGUGCCCGCUGCCGGAAUUGGUGGAGCUGCGCAAGAAGUACAAGUUGCGACUCUUUCUGGACGAAAGCGUGUCCUUUGGCACGUUGGGCAACACUGGGCGUGGCAUUACCGAGCACUUCAAUGUCGACCGAGAUGAAAUCGAUUUGAUAUCGGCAGGCAUGGAGGGUGCCAUGGCAACCAUUGGCGGCUUUUGUGUGGGUUCGCAUUUCAUAGCCGAGCACCAGCGUCUGUCGGGCUUGGGUUACAUAUUUUCUGCUUCGUUGCCGCCAAUGCUAACGCAGGCGGCGAUUUCAGCGUUGGAUCGCUUUGAGCGUGAACCGCAAAUUUUUGGCCAGCUGCACCAGAAAUCGCAAAAAGUGCACACACAAUUCAACCGGUUUAGCAAACUGAAGUUGGGCGGGGAUGAGCUGUCACCUGUGAAACAUUUGUACCUGGCCGAGGAGCGCGAUAGCUUCGAAACGGAGAGCAAACUGCUCAGCCAAGUGGCAGACAAGUGUAUUGAACGAGGCGUGGCCGUCGUGGAAGCAGCAUAUUUGCGGAAUAGGGAACGCAAGCCGAUUCGUCCGAGUCUUCGGAUUGCCGUUAGUCGAUUGCUGGAAGAUUCCGAUAUUUCCAAGGCCUUUGAUGUUAUCGAAGCCGUUUCCAGUGCUGAGCUUUAAGCUUGGUUUGUUUUCUACAAUUGAAUGCAUUACGUUCCUAGUUUAUUUUGUUGACCUAUGACAAAAGCUCAGCACAUGCUUUUAUAAUCAUAUUUUGCACAAAACUUUAAUUGUAUUUGAUCAGUAAUUACAAAAUACAAAUUUAAAUGG